CCCAUUGAGUGUGUGUGUUUAGGGAGCUGACCUUGAGCAGCUGUGUUUUCAUAGGUGUGUGUAUGCACUUGAAUCCGUGUGCGUGUGUCUCGUGCCUUGCAGCCCAAAGAGUUCUCUGUCUGGUCUCCAGACUUGUUCACACCAGAUGUUGAGGAAGGAAAUUCAAGAGGCUUCUUGAAAGUAGCCCUGUUGCGACCGAAAGCAGCUGCAGGGUUCCAGCAGCAGACACUGACUGAAGUGUGAAUGGGAGAAAGAGAGGAGGCCGGCUGGAAUGCAGCUAAAUGCCCUUCAUGUGGGUGGUACUGCUGAGAUCUUCUCUAUGGGGGAAUGUGUUUCCUGGUGUCAGCUUUCCAUGGCCGAAUGUUUUCAGAGGACAGCUGUGCCACUCUGGCGCUCUUCUCUCACUAUUUCCACCUCAGUCAGUUCUUUUGGAUGCUCAUCCAGGCGGUGAACUUCUGGCAAGUGCUGGUGAUGAAUGACGAGCACACAGACCGUCAAUAUCUGCUCUACUUCCUGUUGGGCUGGGGACUUCCUGCUCUGGUCAUCAUUGUCUUGGUCAUCGUCUUGCUUGGCGGCUUUGGAUGGACCAUACACUCUGUAUAUGGACUGGUGCAAGGAGACGUAUGCUUCAUCCCGAACAUCUACGCAGCUCUGUGCACGGCGGUGCUGGUGCCACUCAUCUGUCUGGUUGCGGUGGUGGUCGUAUUCAUCCACGCCUACCAGGUUACUCAGCAGUGGAAGAACUACGACGACAUUUACCGCGGGCGAACCAACAGCACAGGUACCCAACAAACCUCCAAAUACAUAAACGUAUACACAAACACUCCAAUAAAUGUUGUCAUACAUAAGCACGGAUUAU